UGCCUUUUAUUGUGACGUACCAUUCACGGACCAAUUCUCAAAACAAGUCCGACUGAAUCGGAUUACGGAUAACAUACUGUAGCAGUCAACUGUCUGCGCUGUUUUUAUGAUUAAUUAAUAAUAAUUAAAGCAAAGAAACUGUUGUAAGGUAUCUUCAUUCUCUUCAAUGGCGUCUAGAUCUCCGUCCUCCUCCCCAGACUCAGCGACGGGCUCCGGUACUGAUCCAGCGCGGCCUGACACCGGAGAGCCGCUCGGCGGAGGAUCCGAUUUGGAUUCAGAUUUCGGUUUAGGGAAAUUUGAUUGUAGUGCUGGGGAUGCAGCGCUUCGGUUAGAAGGAGUCGAUCUAGAGAAUGAAUUUGAGGCGGCAGCGGACCGGGUCAGAGAUCUCGUCCAGACAGCCAGUAGAGAGCAGCUGCUGUAUCUGUACGCCAGGUUCAAACAGGUCAAAGUUGGAAAGUGCAAUACACCAAAACCUGGUUUCUUCGAUUUCGAGGGUCAGAGAAAAUGGUCAGCAUGGAAACAGCUGGGGGACAUGAGUGCGGAGCAGGCCAUGCAGGAGUAUGUGUCCUGUGUAUGUGCCCUGGAUCCAGAAGGCAGCCAGAAGUCGUCAGAGCGAAGGGGAGGAGAGAUGCGAACUGGAUUUGGCGGGCCAGCGGUUAGCUCUCUAUACCAAGAGGAAAAGAUAAGGGAAGAGGACAAAAAUAUUUUCGACUAUUGCAGAGAGAACAACAUUGAACAUGUCAGCAAGGCCAUCAGCUCCAAGAAAGUGGACGUGAAUACAAGGGAUGAAGAAGGCCGGGCUCUCCUGCACUGGGCAUGUGACAGGGGCCACAAAGACCUGGUGUCUCUACUCUUGCAGAACAACGCUGAUAUUAAUAGCCAGGUGGUUCCCCAACAGCCAUGUAGAAUCAACAGACGUCCUUCAAAGUUCUGUUCUGGGUUACAGCAGAAGGAUGAUGAAGGACAGACCGCACUGCACUAUGCCUCAGCUUGUGAGUUUGCAGAAAUCGUUGAGUUACUCCUGAAGGCCGGAGCUGACCCGUCAAUCAAAGAUAAAGAAGGUUCCCUUCCAGAGGAGGUGACAGAGUCUAGCGCCAUCUCUUCUCUCCUGCGCCAGUACACUGCUCCUAAAGGCUAAAUCUCACUCUGUGAAAUCUUACUCCACAAAAUGAAACCCAAUCCACAUGAUCACCAUCCAGUUAAAAGUUCAUACAAACUGUGCUGCUCGUCCAAAUGGUACAUGCCUGAUGUCAAACUGACACUAGUUCUAGAACUACUAUCAUUGAUUCCAUUUGGCUGUGCAGCACAGAUGUUAUACUUUCAAACAGCUAAGUUCAGACAACCUGUCCUCCCCCGUCCUAGAAUGGUACAUUCCAAUGAAUGUGUUACUGUUGUUACUAUUAAAGACAUGGAAUCUUA